GUACCUUUUCAAUUGGAAUUAUGCCUAAUUGAUGGUUAUCGCGAAAGAAAAGAUACUUCUAAUGUACAUAACAUUUCAAAUUUUGUGAAAAUCGUCGAUUUUGAAAAAUGAAGAGUUAAGUUUAUUCCGAUGCAUUAUUGUGGUUCAAUAUGAUUGAUGUGAGUGUGUAUGGAAAUCAUGCAAUGCACGCAACUAGUUUUCAAAGUAACGAAGCAGGAUCAGAUGGAUAUCCUUAUUUAUCAUCAAAUCAUCAACACCAUCACCAUCAUUACUACCAUCAGCGAAAUUCAGUAACAACUGAUGUCCCUAAUCCGUCGGGCUCGAGAACAUGUAAUUCGCAAUCCGUCGGUAGCAUUAUCAAUCCGGGUAAUAAUUGUACCGGCACACUAAAUUGUACACAACAACAAACUUAUUUGCACAGUCACUUGUAUAGCCCUUCUGCAUUAGAAUAUGGAAUUACAACAUCAAAUUCACCUUCGGACCUUUAUUUUGACAGUGAAACUCAAAACUUAUUCUAUAACAAUAGUCAAAGUUCCGCUGCUCCGUUUCAACAAUCUAGGAUUAUCAGUGCUGACAACGGUUUAAGUUAUACGAAUUUGGAUUAUAUGUAUAACCAACAGGAUUGUGGUGACAGUGUAAUAAAUGAAGAGAAUAAGUUACAUCUACAUCGGUAUGGAACAUUUGGAUUCCCAGUGGUGGGUGAUGGUUCUAGUGAACAUUCUGUGAGCCAUCAUGCGAUGCCAAAUACUACUUGGGCUCACCAGUUAUAUACAGAAAACAGUGUACAACAUUCACAAUCGAAUUGCACGGUUGAGUAUUCAAUAACGAAUUCAAUAGAAUCACAGAAUUUAAAUAGUACACAAUCCGAAAUCGAGAAUGAAGUCGGAGUUUCCAAAAAUAGUAAUAAUGAAUCUAACUCCGAUAACGACCGCGUUAUGUUGCAAAUAAGACAUGAUCACAUGCAACAACAAAAUCAAACAAAUGCCCCUACCUAUAAAUGGAUGCAAGUCAAACGCAAUGUGCCAAAACCACAGAUACAAAAGUCAGUCUCACAAACAGUUCCGGAAUUCCAUAUCAAUCAUCAUGUUAUUGAUCCACUUAGAGGAUUAUCUGAACCAAAUAUUGGCACCAACACUGCUACGCAUCACACAAAUUUUUUGAUGAACAGUACAAGCACGGGGCGCACUAAUUUCACCAAUAAACAACUCACCGAACUAGAGAAAGAGUUCCAUUUCAACAAAUACUUAACGAGAGCUAGGAGGAUAGAAAUAGCGAAUUCGUUGCAUCUGAAUGAAACUCAGGUCAAAAUCUGGUUUCAAAACCGUCGGAUGAAACAAAAGAAGCGUAUUAAAGAAGGAUUAGUGCCGAAUGAUGUUCAGUGCUCAUCACCAAAAAAUAGUGCCGUUUCUCAGCAUGAAAGCGCUGUUGUAAAGCCUUCCAUACUUGAGAGUAAUGACAAUAGUCGAGAAUCUACCACGUUAUAAUAUUUAACUUGGGUUCGCGAAUUAUGCCAAAAAAUCACAUAUUCAAAGUAUGUAGCAGCACAAUGACAACUAAGCAAAGUAAAAUAAAAAUCUUAAAACAACAUUCCGGUACAAAACUGUACAAUUUCAUAGCUCAAACCUACUAACUUUUUACUCAUUAUUUUCCCAUGUCGCCAAAAAAAUUGCGUGCCUAAUUAAAAAACUUGCUCAUUAGACAUG